CUUGUUUGGCCAGAGUAACCACAGUAAUAGUAAUAAUAAUAAUGAUGAGGAUGAUGAUGAUGAAGAAGAUACAGUUUGUAGGAAUAAUUUACUGCUACUCAACAAAGAGUUGAAUGGCUUAAUGGCCGUAUGCAGUGAAGUUACCAGCAGAAAUUAUAUAAUUGAUCAGACGAUGGUCUACGCAGCCUACAGAGACUCAAAGAUUUCAAUGUUUGAUAAGUUUAAAAGGAUUGCUGUUGUCAUCAUUGACCCGGACGAUAGUGGUGACGACGAUGAUGACAAUAAUAGUGGUGAUGAUGACGAUGAAGAGUACAUCAAGAGAAAGUUGAGGAAACAUGUGAUGAUGGAGAUGAAGAGAAUAUUUACCUUGCCAGCUGUCGGUCCAAAAUACCACCAAGUCAUUUACGUGAAUGGUGACAAAUUGAGCGCUACAAAAAUUGUUGGAAACUAUAACAGACAAGCGCAGCAAUACUUUCAGCAACAGCAACGUCAGCAACAUCAACAACAACAACAGCAGCAACAACAGCAGCAACAACAACAAAAUGUUUCUCAACAGAAAGACAAGAAAGCAGUGGAAAAUUCUUCAAUAUUAUAUUCACCAUACGCUGCUGACAGUAAGAGUGAUGAAGAUGAUGACGUUGAUGAUGAUGUCAAUGUUGCCAGAGAUAAUGUUGCUAAAAGUGGAUUUAAAUCUUUGCAACAAAACGUCAACACAAAACUUUCUGUUGAUGUGACAACAACAUUAUCUGCAACAAUUUUGAGCAGGAAAUCUACAGCAGUAACAACCGCUGCUACCACUGCUAAAUCUUUGAAAACUGUUGCAUCAACUACUACUAUUAUUGUUGCAACCACAUCAACAACAACAACAACAUUAUUAUUAUCUUCGUCGUCGUCAUCUGCAACGACAACACCAUCAACAACAACAGUAACAGCAGUGACAUCAUCAUCAUCAACCUUCUGGAAGAUAAGAUCAUUUUUCAAGCAGGCACCUUCGAGUUCAUUGGCAUCAGCAACAACAUCUGCAGCGACACAAGCCUAUGCAACUAUGACUGAAUAUAAAGGGAAAUCUGCCAAGGAGUUGUUUGCUAAAAUUGCCCCUACAGCUGCUGCUACUGCACCUGCUACUACCGCUGCAUCAACAACAUCUUCAACAUUGUUGAGCAGCUCUUCGACAGAUUUGUCUGCCACAACAUCAGCAGCGUCAAUGAUGACGUCAUCGACGACUGCAUCAGUGGUGUCUACUGCUGCUACGGCUAAGAACAAAUUUUCAAUGGAUUUCAGUAAAUUAUCUAAAAGCGGCAGUCUUGUUGCAACAUCAACUGCAACAUCACCGUCAAUAACAGCAACAACUAGAGCAACAUCGAUAACAGCAACUGCAACAACAACCACAUACACGUCAGCUGCUAACACUUCAACAGCUGCAUCGACAACAGCGAUCGGGGAACCUUCAAAACAGACACAACAAUCGAUCUACCAGAUGCAAACCUCUACAACAACACUGACAACAGCAUCGACAGCAACAAGCUAUGAAACAGCAGCCACAGCAGAUCUCGUCUCCAAGAACAUCUACAGCAUAAACACAGACUUACUCAACAGCAGAGGCCAGCCAAAUUCCUACUACAACCUUUUCGUCAAUCCAUCCCAGACGACGACGUUCACCUUCGAACAGCAUCAACAGUUCCUACAGCAGCAGCAGCAACAACAGCAGAUGAUGAUUCCUGGCUUUGCAUACCCUCCACCCCCCACAGCUGUCGUAGCUGAUCCUACUAGCAUGUUGAUGCCACCAGCUGUUGAUGCGACGCAGCCGCUCUAUCCGCAACAGCAGCUUGCAUAUUACCAGCCAGGAGGGUAUGGAUAUUACCCUGGCUACUACGGUUAUACUGAUUACACACAACAACAGCAGUUAAUACUACCCGAUGGCACUCCUCUGAUGGCUGUUGAUGCUCUGCAGCAAAUUCCACCACCCCAGCUGAUGCAACAACCACCGCCGAUACAUCAACUACCGCCACCCUUAGUACAGCCGCAACUACUGCAACAACCUCCUCCUCAGCUACAACCGCCACAACUGCUUCAACAAACGUCUCAACAACCAACGACUACAACAUCGCAGCCUCAGCAAGUUUCACAAAAUCAGCAACAACAAUUGCAGCAACCACCACCAUUGAAAGAGCAACAACCGCACCAGCAACAACAGCAAUAUUUAUUUCCUCAGCAACACACUCAACAACAGCAACAAUAUUCUCAACAAAGCCAGUUUGCCUACUAUGAUAUGACUCGAGCUCAGGACACUCCUGCGUCUGAUGCGUACAAUCAAGCUGUGAAACCACAACAUCAGCAACAGCAGCUGCCGCAAAAACUGCAAAAACCAGCGUCUUCUCAACAACAGCAAAAACUGGCUUUAUCACAACAGCCACAGGUAGUGACACCACAACAGCCACAAAAACCAACAACAUCACAGCCGCAACAACCACAGCAUAAGCCACAACUCUUCAACACGUCUGUUUCGAUCCCAUUCCUCGGCAGUCAGUGCAACGAAAAUGUCGCCACUACGGCAUUACCAGCAACAUCUUCUUCUGCUAUGAAUAUUGUAAAUAGCAAUUCAAAAAGUAGUAUUAGUAAUAAUGUUUUCGGUGGUACUGCAGCCGCUAAAACUGCUGCUACUGCUGCCACUUUUCAAGCAAAUUUCAAACAGAUUUCAAUGAGAAGUCAAAGACCACUUCAACCACAACUGCAGCAACUGCAGUCACCUCUGCAACAACAAUCAGCUUUACAACAACAAUCGGCACAUAUAUCACAGACAAAACAACAGCAGAAGCAGCCUUUCAAACCGAAAACUCCACAACAGCCGCCAAAAUCAACAUACCAACAACAACAGCCACAGCAGUAUCAGCAACAACAGCCACCACCACACCAUGAGCAACAACAACAGUAUGCUUACUACUCAGGCAUUACUUCAAAUGUAGCAUUGAUAACUACAUCCACAGUUACUACUUCUACCACUACAAGUAUUACUACUACUGCGGCUAUUACUACUACUGCAGCAACUGCUACUACUACUAAUACUACUGGCAAACAAGGAAUCACUGGAGAUUGGGCACAGCAGAUUCAACAACUUCCACCUCAAUAUCCUAACUCAGCUCAGCAACAGCAAUCUUUUCCUCCUAAUGAUCUGGACUUUUAUAAACUCGUUCCACCACCAUUCCUUCAACAACAAAAUCCACCACCAGCACGUCAAGAGCAACUACCACAACAACAUUUUCCAUCAACCUCUGAACCCAGUUUUCCAUUACCUCCCCCAAUCCGUCCACCAUUCUCACUGGAUGCACCUUAUUACCCAACGCAAGACCAACAACAACAUCCUCGUCAACAAAAUCCUCAGCAACAACGUCCUCGUCAACCACAACAACAACAACAAAAUUGGCAUCAACAUCCUGUUGAGCAACAAGAACAUCAACAUUGGCCGCAACAACGGCAACCUCCGUCUGAUCAGAUACAGCCGCAAUGCAGGCCACAAAAUCCACAGCAACAACAUCAAUUUCGACCUCGUAACCCGAAUCAACAACAUCGACAGCAACAUCGACAACAACAUCCUCAAUUUCAGCAACAAAACUCAGUUGAUCCUUUUAUGCCCUUCCAUGAGCAGCAGCAGCAGCAGCAGUAUCCACCACCACGUCGCCACCUCCAACUGCUACUACAACAGCACCAGCAGCAACAACAGUAUCAUGAACAGCCAGAAGAUGGUGGUGGUAGGAUGUCUAGGAAGAGAUUUGGAGAGAGUUUGCCGGACAGAAAUGUUUGA